AUGUCACCAUUUUAUCCUGUCACCAUCUGCAGGUCUGAUGGACAACUAGAGGUCAUUACAAAGACAGGAUUCAAAGAAUUCAAUCAACCAACUUCAGCUCAAUUGAACACAAAAGAGGAUUCAGAAGGGAAUGUCGAUUGUUAUAAGAAGCUAGAAUAUGAUGAACCGAAAGCUGUGGAUUGGAGAAGAAAGAUUGGUGGCAUGUUGAUGCAUUAUUUGGGUGGAAAGGAGCAUUCUGACAGGAAUUACGUACUUAAAGAUUUACCUGAAGGAUAUAUUUUAUGGGAACACGUCAAAUACAAUAAGAAUAAAUUGGAGGCGGAACAAAAGAAGGAAAAAGGAAAACACGCAGCUGGAGCUUACGAACGACAAGAUACUUAUUUAUAUGGACACCCUCAAGGUCGAAAGAAGAGAUAUCGAAGUCCCGCAGAUUUCUUUCCCCAUGUACUUUGGUUGAGUACAGACAAAGAUGGCGAUCCAAGAAAUUGUUCCUGCAAAGUUUGUUCACCAUUUGGGGAGGAUGAUCCACAAGAAGAGACAACCAAACAAGACAGCGGCGCAAUAUUUUCAAAGAAGGAAAUGAGGAAGGAAAGCACGCCAGUUGUCCUGAUACCCCAGCUGGGGAGGGAGAUAAGGAAGGAAAGCAUGCCAGUUGUCAACAUGCCUCAAAAGACCAUGACAGCUUCUGCUCCCGGUCCUUCAGCUUCUGUAGCUAUGAAGCCACCUUCUCAGGUCAUUUCAUUAAUUCGAUCAUCGGAACAAAGACUCGAUAGUGAUCCAAACAGUGGAUUUAUUUAUCGCACUGGAGAAUUAGUUUGGUUCAACAGAGGUCAUGCUUGGGGUCUUGCAGUCAUAUCUAAAAGAAGAGUUGAGAAUUUUACAGCUCAAUAUUUGGUUCAACCACUUUCUCACCCAAUCACACAUCCUGCAGCUCAAAUCAACGAUCAAGAAUCCAUUAGACCAUGGCUGGCUUGGAGUGUACCGCAAACUACGAUCAGUUCACUCAAUAGUCUUCCUUAUGACGAUGUUCCUUGGGAUCGAAUUAUUCGAGGAGAGUACGGUGGAGGAGAUUACCAAGUUGAUGGUAGUAUCUUGGCCGCAAAAGUUAUUGAUGGAAGCUAUUCUCUCUUUGACAGGAUCGAAAAAGCUCUGGUCUCUCUGGGUGAAGUACACUACAAUGGAAUGUUCCUUGGUGCCGAAAAGAUCUGGGUUGGUGAGCCAGUCCGUUUACGCGUUGAAGGCGAUGCAAUUGUGGUUAUCGUCAUUCAAAAACUCAUUGAACGUACCAUACAAUCAAGCCCACUGUCGACUGUAGUAACCUUCGUAGGUGAUAUCUACAAGUUUAUUGAAAUGCCAAUGCCAUAUAGCAGUCGAUCUCAAUGGCCAACACCUGACUUACCAGCUCGAAUGGUUGAUGAUUUACGAUUCCGUAACGAGGUCGCAGAUAAUGCCAAGAAGCGAACUUGGUAUGAAUGGAAAUUACUAGAACCAGCAGCUCGCCGUGGAUUGGCUGAUAUUAAGGGUCGUUGGUACGAAACUCGACUCUUACUUCCGGUGUUGAGGGGUUUGGAAGCAUAUCAAAUUGGUAUAGGACGAGGUGAAACUAGCGAUGCUAGUUUGUGGAUGAAUGGUAGAGGAGAUACCAUCGGAGGAACGGGAAAGAGACAAAAGAAUAGAAGAAUGACGUUGGGGAAAUCUGUCCCAGAUGAUUUCAAGGUGGGGAGAGGACUGGAUGGGACGCUGGCUGAUAAUAUGUUUCCCGAAGCAACUACUCCACAUGAAAGUGUGGUGAUACCGGAUAUUGAUCAAUACAUGGAUCUUGAUGCAGUGGGGGCUUCGAGUGAGUACAAUGGUUGA